ACGGACCACCACAAGCUUAUCCGCGCGGCUAGUCAGGCACACAGCGUGGUCGUCACAGUGAAGGCGGUAAUUCCGUUUGAGCUUGAGCAAUUGCGUAUACUCUUGAACGGGUCAAAUUGCCAGUAAGAGUGGGGCUAAGACAUUCGUGGCAGCAAAUUUGCGCAAAUAGUGUGCUGCUGACCUACGUUCGCAAGCAAAUCCAUUCGAACGUCCACCGUCCAGCUACAUCUAGCAAACCAAGAGAUCCGAGCAUAAAACAUGAGUACGGUCGGGACUCCUCUUACCAUCCAAAACGAACCCAUCCUCCCAAGCGGCGCACAAUUCGAACAUUCGAACCCGGCUAUUCAUCAUGGCCCACCUCCCGAUAUACCUGGACACCCCUCAUCCUUGGAGACAGCGGCCUGCUGAGUAUGUCUAUGGCGGCGCAUUCCAGCACAACGGGUGGUUUCAAAACGGCCUUCCACGGACCGUCAAGAAGCCAAAGUACCAUUUCAUCUGGCCGAAGGACGGCAGGAAUGGGAGCAAGUGGGGUCGUAUGAAGGACAUCCUUCGGGGAACCGGUCCGGAUAUCCACGUUACGAUCAGUGCAGACAAGCGGGACUAUAUGCACAAUCGCCAGCGGAGGGCGCGAUGGGCCAAGCACACUGCGCUUGAUGAUCGUGGCCCUGACGGCGCCCUGAAGUACCGGCUGCCAUGGGUGGAGAGCGGAUUGUUGGGUGGACGCGACUCCAGGAAGAAGUACGAUCAUUGGACGCGGCAGUAUCGCAAACCGCACUGGUGGAUGUGUACGGAUGCCAUAUACCAAGGCUCCAACGACGGUGUAUUUCCGGAUGCCGUCAGGGAUAUGCGAGGAAACUGGUACCAAGAUACCUUCUGAAGGGAGACAUGCACAUGCGCUUCCGGCUAUCACCAACCGUACGGUAUCUCAAUCGAGGCAGCCUUCGUGGAAAGCUUCCCAAACGGUCUCCGAGGUUUCAUUUGCGUCCGUCACCUGCUUGCUGCGCCUCGCCGCCGGAGCUAUCAUCUCAUUAUCGAACAUUUUCUUACAUUUUGCGCAAGAUGUUCCUUUGACUGUCUUGUACGCAGCGAUCAUAUCCUGGGAGGCGUCAAUAUCCAACCGUUAC